AGGCGAGUUAAUCUCGUUCUCUGAGUGUGACUUGUCAAGAAGGUUUUUGCCCCCAAUUACCUUUCUCUUCUCAACUUUUUCACUAAUUCAAAAUCAAAACCACAUCCACUACAAUAAGGACGCAUUCAUAUUCAACUACAACAACACCGGAAAUUUUGUUUACAUCAAAGAGCUUUCUUGUGCUUCAGUUUCAACGUAGCUAGGUGCAGCAGCUGCUAACAGGUUUACUGCAGACUAACUUGAAUUUCGACGAUCUCAACAAGGAGUUGACGGAGUUUUCUACUCGCAGUCACGAAAAAACCAAGCGCACGCGCGGCGACCAGUACGUUCUGUGGUCGUCACGACUCUCCGGAAUUCUUUCGAAAGCCCCGUUUUGAAGAAAACAAGGAACCGCGCGCGUCUCUCCAGCAUUGACCCAGACCGGCUAGUGCGCAAAUCGACCGUAAGUCUCUGCUGCGAUUUUUUUUUUUCAUUGGCUGCCGUGCCCUAGAUCUAGUUAAGUACUAGUCGAAUCCAUGCAGCCUGUGUAAGUAUCCUUUUGUGCAGCUGUUCGCUUUGAAAUUUCACCUUUACUACGCUCACUGACUUCUAUCACCCAGCGCAGAUGACGAAGCAGAAGAUGCUGCUGCCUCUGCUGCUUUUCUUGUCAGUGACCUGCUGGCACUCUCUCGCGCGCGCGAACACGAAAGACUUCUUGGCUCGGCGAGCCAAUGGCAACGACGGAACUAAUGAUCCUGUUCCUGGGGACGCAACUGCUGUCAAGGAAGAUGCUGGAGGUGAUCAUCUUCACGCGCACGACGAGCCCAAUCUUGUCCAUGAUGGGACGAACGACAUUUACGGUGACCGUGAACGAGAACACGAAUCCUCCUCUCCGUUUCAGUUUCUCGAAGACCUGCAAAAUUCCGAACAGCCCUCGGACAUCGCGACCGCGGACGGUGCGGGUUCUCCUAGCAGUUUUCUCGGGUCCUUCGCGAGCCGCUUCAACUCCGUGUUUCGAUUUCAGCGUGAAGAUGAUGCUGUUGGCGGGAAGAAGGAACAAGCAGACCAUGACAAAAAUGCCCCUGCUCCGGCUGCCGCUGCCCGUGCCGAAAUCAAGAAGAUGACCACGGGGCAGCACCAUGAUGACACUUUCGCUGCGGCAAUGACGAGCAAUGACAUGAACCCGACCUUUCUGGAACGCGAAGCAACCGGGACGGCGAAGCCUUCGACGUCCUUCACGCCGUCGGCUGGUGAUGCCGAGGAGGUGGCCUCCGGUGACAAAAAAUCUGCGAUGAAGAAUGAGGUUGACGCUGAACGCACCGAACCGCUGAAGCAUGAAGACGAAGGAAACACUGCCGGUGAAGAUGCGGCUGCUGGUAUGAAAUUGUUUUGACUUUCUUGAUCUCGUUUAUUGAAGAUUUGAUCACUGUUUUGUGGAGUGUUGUCGGCAACCUUCCUUCGUGCAAUCACUUUUUAUUUUUUAGCAGUUCAACUUUCGCAUUCAUAUUCAUAAAUUCAUCACAAUCCUAUUGUCCUCCGUUUUUUUCGAUAUCGAUUGAGUAGUUGCAGGCUUAGAGAAACCGCAAAAAAAGGACGACAUUGUUGGUGUUAAUGAUGCAGCUGAGGACCCUUCUUAAAAUUUAGCAGCUGUUGGUCUUCUGUUCUUGGUUUAUUUGGUAUGACUGCUUGCAGUAGCUGCACUGGAACAAGAACACAUCGUACAAACAGAAGAACGACCGCAACCGAAACGCGGAAACCUUCGUGGAAGUGGUUCUGGGCCAGAUUUGCCUCUGCGGGACGCGUCGUCUGCUGCGUCUUCAAUGCUGUCAUCCUCCACCUCGUCGACUCCGUGGGCAGAGGCGGGCGAAGGUGCGACCGCUGCAGCUGCUUCGUUUUCCGAACACGGGUUGGGUGAUCACGUUGACGCUCUUCGUCCUGCCGACGGCAACGAGAACGGUGGCGCGCCGAAAGAAGCUGGCGACGCCGACGAGGAUGCUCAUUCUGGGAACGUCGAAGCCUUUUUGGAAUCUGGACAAGGUCACGCUUCGGCCGCGGGCGAAACCCAGACGAAGGAUUAUUAUUCUUCACUGUCACGAACUGGAGAGGGACGUUCUACUUCUGAACUUGCCGACAGCGUCGGGGACAAGCAGGAGUCCUCCUCCGCGGGGGCGUUUCUGCAAGAGGAGAGCCUUAAUGCGUUGCUCUCUCCUCGUCAUAAUCCUCAAGGAGUUGUUCGGUCUUAUUCCGCGCCUGGCCCUUUUCCUGGUGGAGGCGCACCGACAACCUCGAUGACGUUGCAGACCCCGCGCCCGAUGCAUGCGGCUGGUACGAGUCCUCCUCGGCUCGGUCCGAGUGGGGGACAGGUGCAGGACAUCAGUCCGGAGGAAUAUGCUCGGAUCGCUCGGCAAAAUGCAGCUACAAACGGGGGACAGUACACGUACAACACUUGGAACGGGAAGACGCAAAAGUGGGAGACGCACACAGCCGCAGUUGCUAAGAACGCACAGCAAAUGCUUCGAGCCGAGGAAGAGAUCAAGAAGAUCAACGCGGAUAGUAGCGUCGACACUGCUAGGACGUCCCCGCCACGCCGUUUCGCUUGGAGAGCUGAGGACUUCGAUUUCGGCAGGAGGCCGGAUCAAGUUCAUGGACUUGCCCCGAGCAGAUCUUUUUCUGUGGACGAUAGCAUGCUUCCAGCACGGGGACGAGCUACCUCUACGCAGCAUGCUGCUACUGCACCAGGAGCUUUACGACAACAACCUGGAGGUCCUCAGGUGAUGCAACGAUCUUCCUCGAGCUCGAGCUCGACGUCCGCACAAUUCUCGGCUCCACCUCAACCUGCAGGACCAGCUCAAUUUCCGCGAAGUCGAAGUUCUCAAGCAUUAGCUGCUAAUCAUGCUGCUGCACAAGAACGUGAACUUGAGCGUGACAUUGGGGAGCCAACAGCAUCACCACCACCUGCACCUGGUCGUGGUCAGCAGGCAUUUACCACCGCUGCUCAGGCUAUUUCAUCCAGGAUUUCUUCAACAUCAUCCCAGAUUUCUUCAGCAAUCGGAUUCGGAACGAAGAGGUUCAGCAAAAUGGCUGACCCUAAUCCCCCGCCGCGUGCUCCUGCGGACACUCAUGAUUAUUGCAAAAAAACUAUUGGGGGCGUGCAUCAAUCGCCCGAACAAAUUCACUACUGCCAAAUGUACUUGCGUUACCGAUUUACUCAGUAUCCUGAUCCGUCGAAGCCGGGAGGCAUGGGUGUGGGUCUAAAACGGAGCGCGCCAAAUGGACCAUUGAGUAUGCAGACACACAUUUUGCCUGACGUUGUACAAGCAUUUGGCGCGAACUUCAACGCCUUCUCUCCUGCAGGAAAAUGGCAGUGCCAGGAAGGAGCAGGCUGCAGCGCCAAGACUGAGUGUUGCUAUUGCCGCUGCGAUAACCCGAAUUCUGAAAAUAAAUACCAAUGCUCGUGGCAGCCUUGUCCUGCUGUGAAUGGCCGCAAGAAGGCGUAUUUUUUCGGACCGGGGUCUGGAUUUCUGAAGACGGCCUGGCAAGUUGAUAUAUACGGGGUGGGGCACCAAGACUAUCAGGUCUUGCACGACACGCGCGGAAUGAUCGCGGGCCCUGGGCAUAACACCGGAUACGACGAUAUUCCGGAUACACGGUUGGGCCUGAUUGCGCCCUCGCAGUGGGCAGGGGCGGAAGGACCGGGAAACAGCGGGGGUACCUUCUACGAGUUCAUCGCACAUUGCUACGGAUUUCCACCAGUUUUGCACAAACUCGUGACGGACCACAACAUUCGCGCGAUCAUGAGCGGAUCUCGGGGGGGAGAUUUUGCCAAGGAAAUGCGCAAACACUACCUCCGUGUGCCGAUGGUAAACUUCAACGGUGGUAUGCUGCUCGAACACCAACACGGACAGUUUGUCCCGAAGUUCGACGACGCGGUUCCGGCAAAGACUGCGCCACCAGUUUUGGUUCUUGUCGGUGCGAAGGAAGACUAUCAAGCUUUCCAACCGGUCUCCGUGAACCCACCACCCGCUUUAUUGCAGAAGGCAUCGACUCACAACAUCGCACUAGUGCAGUCCACUCAAGGAAACCACCACAAUCCGGGUCUGAACGACAAGUGCCUCCGACAAUUGUUCAAAAAGACGGCUGAUGGAGUGUCGCUAGAUGGUGGGUCUUUGCAAGCCGCUGAAUGCGGGCUUCCUUGCCCAUCUCCGGACCCAAGAAUUCCUUGCAGUUUCCAAAUCCUUGCCAAUUUCCGAGACGGCCGCUGAACCAGAAAAAAAAAAGGCGAAUGAGAGUAAAAGCAUCCUUAUUUUUUCAAUUUCCUUUUGAUCUUUUUUGCUUUUCGUGUGUGAUUCGGAUUCUUUUUCUGUUUAUCUCAUGCUGCCUCUGCUAUUGUCUGAUGAGUGAUACUUACUUAUAUAUUCAAACUACUCAAAAAUAAAGAACCCUCUGUACUAGCGAAAGGACAUGGAAGAAGUAGCUGCACUCUUUCUCUUCUGUCCAAUUACCUCUGUCCUAAAGGAAAUCGAAAUUGAAUUUGAAAGUAUGAAAAAGUAAAAGAUUGCUUGUCGAACAAAGAAGUCAAAGCGUCGCCAACGAACAAAGAGUCGUCAUGAACAAGCGACUCUGGCUGCAAGGUUUUUCUUUUCUGUGGUUUGUCAAUUGCUUGCAUUAUUAAGUAAGUACAGCUGAAGAUUCUGCUGAUCGUGAUCCGGCGCAUCACGAAAACGGUCCUCGGCACUACCACUGGUAUUGAAUGUCGACUGAAUCCAGCCAGUUGUAAGUAGUAUUCGGCAAAAAAAUUUGGUAGUAAGAGAUGAAGCUGCACAUGCGCAAAUUACGAAAACAAUGGAUACUCACAUCAACUUGUCUUUCUAUUUCAAUUAUUGUCGUUUUCCUUUUCGUUUUCCAUAUCCUUGUCUUGAUCUUUUUUUAAAUGUAUACUAAUUUAUUUGCUUGCAUAAUCGCGGUCCAAUAUUGAGCUAUCUUAAUGUCACGCAUAUGAUAAACAUAAAAACAGAGCGAUAUAAUUCAACAUUGCCCGUUUCUUGCCGAUCCUUGUUGGGUAUUUUUGAGUCAUCUAUUGUUUCUCUAAUCUUUCUCGCUAGCUUUUAACGAUAACGACAGCGACUAGUAUUUCUUAACGACUGCUGUAGUACUUCUAUUGAUUCAUGGUAACUAUUGCACAGCAGCUCCUCGAUUGUUUCUACAAACAUAAUUUCUUACGAUUGCAGUUGACCAGAAUCAGAACGGCGAUAGAAACAUAGCCAAGAACGAUCGCCACACGAACAAAAAUAUUGCUCGCAUCGUCCAUGAAAUUAUUUCGAGUAUCAGCAUUCUUAUUCUAAUAUCUAAUCCUUGCAUUGAUAUGAACGGACAAAAUGCAAAACGGGACAGUAAAAAAACCAAGAAAAAUCGUGAUUUGUAUCAUUUAGUGUGUUUACAAACAACAUCCGGAACGACCGACUGCUACUCCUCCGCGGAUCGCAACACUCACGACUUGAUCUCCUGCAAGACAAAUUCGACGAAAGAACUUGGGAGCACAACCGACUGGUGUGGUUUCGGACCGCCUGCUGAUCUUCGUGCUUCAUCCUCCGUCAGAGCAAAGAUCUCAGGCACUUUUUUGCCAUGCACGAGCGGAUACGACCAAAACUUGUGGUUUAAUACAGAACCACAAGGAUUCGCCUAUAGGGAAAGUC